GGAGGUCUAGUAGCCUGGCGGCCGGCGCGGGUCCGCAGUAGCGUCUUCGGAGAAGCCGGGCGGGAUGAGACUGCUGUGAGCCCGGCCUCGCCGGAGGAGAGGGAGCUGAGCCGGGGCGCCGGAGGCUGCUGGCCAGGCUGUUCAGUAUUAACCGAGGAUUAAGACCAGAGUAUUUAAACAAACAGCUGGAACCACAGUAUUAAGUAAAUCAAAAUAUCCUACUGCACUACAGUUGUAAGACACCACUUUGCCUUGUUGAAGGAAUCUGGGAACGCUGGAUCUUAGCCAAAUAUUCAAAAUGGUAAUGCAAAGGUAUUUCCUAACAUAUGUGGGAGUGGUGCUCGCUUUAUACCUUCAUCACUUCAUCAGAGCCAUUGAAGUCCCUCGGGAUCCAAGUAUUCAAGAUGAAUUAUCUCAGCCCCCCACUAUUACAAAGCAGUCUGUGAAGAAUUAUAUUGUAGAUCCAAGAGAUAACAUAUUCAUUGAAUGUGAAGCCAAAGGCAACCCCUUUCCCAUAUUUACAUGGACACGAAAUGGAAAGUUCUUCAAUGUCGCAAAGGACCCAAGAGUAAGCAUGAGACGCAAAUCGGGUACACUCAGCAUCGACUUUCGCAGUGGAGGUAGGCCAGAAGAUUAUGAAGGGGAAUAUCAGUGUUCUGCUCGGAAUGACUUUGGGACAGCCAUUUCCAACAAAAUCUUCCUGCAGGUUUCAAAGUCACCUUUGUGGCCAAAGGAAAACUUGGACAUUCAAGAGGUUCAUGAAGGUGCUCCACUUAUCUUGGCAUGCAAUCCUCCUCCUGGACUGCCACCUCCUGCCAUUUUCUGGAUGAGCAGCUCCAUGGAGUCAAUCCACCAAGACAAGCGUGUCUCCCAAGGACAGAAUGGUGACUUGUAUUUCUCCAAUGUCAUGCAGGAGGAUGCUCUGACUGACUACAGCUGUAAUGCUCGCUUUGCCUUCACCCACACCAUUCAGCAGAAAAAUCCUUAUACCCUCAAGGUCCUGACCAAGCAUCCCCAUAAUGAAACGUCCUUUCGAAAUCACACUGACAUAUACAGUGCCCGAGGUGUUACUGAAAGACACCCCAGCUUCAUGUAUCCUACUGGGACCUCAAGCAGUCAGAUGGUUCUGAGAGGGGAGGAUCUCUUGCUGGAAUGUAUUGCCUCAGGAGUUCCAACACCAGACAUCAUGUGGCACAAGAGGGGAGGAGAGCUCCCAGCAGGCAGGAUCAAUUUUGAGAACUUCAGGAAAGCCCUUCGGAUUGCUAAUGUCUCCGAGGAAGAUUCUGGUGAAUACUUCUGCUUAGCUUCCAACAAAGUGGGCAGUAGCCGCCACACAGUCUCAGUGAGAGUGAAGGCUGCUCCUUACUGGUUGGAUGAACCAAAGAAUCUCAUUUUGGCUCCAGGUGAGGGUGGCAGACUAGUUUGCCGAGCCAAUGGUAAUCCCAAACCUUCAAUCCAAUGGCUGGUGAAUGGAGAACCUAUAGAAAGUUCUCUUCCUAAUCCAAGCCGUGAAGUAAAUGGAGACACUGUUAUGUUCCGGGAUGCCCAGAUUGGCAGCAGUGCUGUGUACCAAUGCAACGCUUCUAAUGAACAUGGGUAUCUGUUAGCCAAUGCCUUUGUCAGUGUGUUAGAUGUUUCUCCUCGGAUCCUUGCUCCUCGUAAUCAGCUGAUGAAAGUGAUUCAGUACAACAGGACUUUUCUUGACUGUCCAUUCUUUGGGUCCCCAAUCCCUGCAGCACGAUGGUUCAAGAAUGGCCAGGGAAACACUCUGGAUGGUGGCAACUAUAGGAUGCAUGAGAAUGGGACUUUGGAAAUUAUCACAGCUCGAAAAGAAGACCAAGGAACAUACACUUGUGUGGCCACUAAUAUUCUAGGCAAAGCAGAGAUCCAAGUUCGUCUGGAAGUCAAAGACCCAACUAGAAUCAUCGCUGGACCAACUGAUACAGUGCCAAAGAAGGGUUCCACCAUUCAUUUAUUAUGCAGGGUAAAAUAUGAUCCCACACUGAAAGUUACAGUCACCUGGCUCAAGGAUGAUAGCACCCUGUACAUAGGAAACAGGAUGAAGAAGGAUGAAGAUGGCUUGACAAUAUAUGGAGUGUCUGAAAAAGAUCAAGGGUAUUACACUUGUGUAGCCAGCACUGAGCUAGAUAGAGACACUGCCAGAGCCCAUCUCACUGUUUUAGCUGUCUCAGCUUCUCCCGUUAACCGUAUGGCAACUUUUCCCAAAGCACGACCAGACCGUCCUCGUGACCUUGAGCUAACAGACCUUGCUGAAAGGAGUGUACGCUUGACAUGGAUACCUGGCGAUGACAACAACAGCCCCAUCACAGAUUACAUUGUGGAAUUUGAAGAGGAUAAAUUCCAGCCAGGAACUUGGCACAACCAUUCCCGUUACCCAGGAAGUGUGAACUCUGCUGUCCUGCGCUUGGCACCCUUUGUCAACUACCAGUUUCGAGUCAUAGCUGUGAAUGAAGUUGGAAGCAGUUAUCCAAGCUUACCGUCUGAGCGAUAUCAAACAAAUGGUGCACGUCCAGAAAUUAACCCCACAGGUGUUCAAGGGGCAGGAACAGCAAAAAAUAACAUGGUUAUAUCAUGGACGCCAUUAAAUGCAACUCAAGCUUAUGGACCCAAACUCAAAUAUAUUGUGAAAUGGAGGAGAAGGGACACACGAGAGAGCUGGAGCAAUGUGACUGUCAACGGUGAUGUCAGCAAGUACACUGUUACACAGACGCCUGUCUACGUGCCCUACGAGAUCAAAGUGCAGGCAGAAAAUGAGUUUGGGAGAGCUCCAGAACCUGACGUUGUCAUUGGCUACUCAGGGGAAGAUUAUCCCAAGGCUGCUCCCACUGAUAUUAGACUCAGAGUUGUAAAUAGUACGGCAAUCAGCCUGCAGUGGACUAGAGUAUACACGGAUACCAUCCAGGGACAGCUUAAGGAAUACAGAGCCUAUUACUGGAGAGAGAGUAGUUUGCUGAAGAAUCUAUGGGUCUCCAAGAAAAGACAGUAUGAGAGUUUUAUUGGAGACCGAACACGGGGCAUAGUGUCCCGGCUGUUUCCUUACAGCAACUACAAACUGGAGAUGGUUGUAGUCAACGGGAGAGGAGAUGGGCCUCGGAGUGAAAUUAAGGAGUUCACAACACCUGAAGGAGUACCCAGUGCCCCAAGGUAUUUCAAAAUCCGCCAGCCAAACAUGGAAACCAUCACUUUGGAAUGGGAGCACCCUGAACAUCCCAAUGGCAUCCUUAUCGGAUACACCCUUAAAUACCAAGCCUUUAAUGGAUCCAAAACUGGCAGAGCAAUUCUAGAGAACUUCUCUCCUAAUCAGACAAAGUUUUUACUCCAGCGGACGGAUCCUAUAUCACGCUAUAGAUUUGACCUGCGUGGCAGGACACAGAUUGGGGAAGGGGAACCUGCCAAAGGGGAGUCACCAUCUCCAUUGAAUGAAGUUUCUCCAACCUCAGCUCCAACGUGGAGGCCUUCAACAACAGUUGAUCAAACUACCACUACAACUGUGGCCACUACCACAGAGGCCACAACUACCACUACCACUGAAACUACAACCACUACUACAGAAGCAACUACUACCACAGAAGCUACAACUACUACAGAAGCAACCACCAUCACCACAAUUGUUUCCAGCACGAUAGCAGAGGAUUCUGCUGGCGAUGGAAAGCCCAUCUGGGACGUAAAAGCUUCACCUACCAGUAACUGGGCAAACAUCACCUGGAACCACAAGUUUGAUCCUGAAACUGAGUUUGUGGUUGAGUAUAUCAACAGUAACAAAACAAUGAAAUCUACCACUGAUAGACCCUUUAUGGAGCUGAUUAACCUGACUCCUGGGGAGAAGUAUAUAGUACGGGUUUUUCUCAAAGGGAAUGAUACCAUCACCAGCUCGAACAUAACCUUUAACACAAGUGCAGCAUAUACUAAGAACCAAGGAGACAUUGCAACUCAGGGUUGGUUUAUUGGACUGAUGUGUGCCAUCGCUCUUCUGGUCCUGAUUUUGCUGAUCGUUUGUUUCAUUAAGAGAAGCAGAGGAGGGAAAUAUCCAGUGCGAGAAAAUAAAGAUGUGCCCCUGGAUCCUGAUGACCAGAAGGUAGAUAAUGGAUCAUUUGAUUACAGUGAUGAAGACAACAAGCCGUUACAGGGCAGUCAGACUUCAUUAGACGGCACGAUAAAGCAACAAGAAAGUGACGACAGUUUGGUGGACUAUGGUGAAGGCGGUGAAGGACAGUUCAAUGAGGAUGGCUCCUUUAUUGGCCAGUACACAGUCAAGAAGGACAAAGAGGAGACAGAAGGCAAUGAGAGCUCAGAGGCCACAUCACCAGUUAAUGCUAUCUACUCCCUGGCAUAAUGCAACACCACUGAAACAGCAACAACAAAAUGACACAUAGUUGAUGUGGGUCAGCAAAGUCACCGUCAGUAACAGAAAGUAACCAGAGUAGGACAACAAAGACCAAACACAAACCCAGACCAGGUGGUCACCAGCACCAUCAUCUCUUUAGAAAAAAAGCAAAUGGCAGAAAUACACAAGCUGCUUAUCAUACUGCAGCUGAAAUCUGAGCUGACCCACAGGAGAUCAGCAGGAGAGCAGGAUGCACAGAUUCUAUGCCCCCGGGCUUCAGAACUUGGACUGAAAUAAACGCCCCUCUAUACCCCUAUGUUUAAUUUGUGAGAUAAUGCAACUCCUUUCAUUAAUAAUGUACAUGGCUGAGAUUUUUUUAAAGGAUUCAAGGUUGCUGUCAAAGGAGGGGUGGAUACCCAAAUAUGGGGAAAUUCUGAAGUGAGGAUGGGGGAGUUCAUAGUGAAGCCUCAUAGGCUAACAAUAGCAUGAAACCACAUUGAAGAAUCAAUUAGCUAUUGGUAAAAAUGAUCAGCUGUUUUAUAAACAGGAAACCUUCUGAUAAUUCACUUCCGUUGCACAUCAUUUCAGCCGAGCCUUAGCUUAUAAACCUCACUAAGCAAGUUUAUGACACUCGUUCUUAUAUGAUGAAAUGGUAUAUUGCAUUUGGCUUCAGUAUGGAAGCCAUGUACAGGGGGAUGGGGUUGCACUGACCAAAAUCAUCUUGGAUCUCAGCACUAUAAUUCAAAUAUGGGUUCUAAUGCAAGUGCCAAUGUGAGGUUUCAUCUUGCCUGUGGCAUUGUUUUCCUCCCAAAGAAAGAGUUGAAUGAAAACUGCAUCUUUCUGCUGAUCCACUGCAGAACUGGGGAGGGAGGGUUGUGAAUAACUAUGGUGGGGGCAUGGAGGUUACUCUCUUUUCUAAAAGCAGUCAGUCCUCCCUAUGCAGACACAUGGUGUUAAUUACUAUCCCAUGAGCAGAAAGGGGAGGAUGGGUGACCAGGGAAGAGCAACUCCACAUAAAUGUGCUCCUACUGCUAAUUCUAAAAGGAUGGUACCUACUAACAAUUCACUAACCUGACAUUGACCCUGCCUGUCAAUUUGUGAAAAGAUCAGGGAUUUCCUGUCUCUAGGUGUGCUUGACACAAAAGUACACAUGUACUCAGAACCAAUCUGAACUGGUCCAUCUUUCUACCAUUUCAAAAGGUAAAAGCCACACACCACCACAUGCAGGGGUCUCUUAUUCUCCCACACACAUGCACACACACUCUCUUUAGUCAAUUAGUGUAAAGGCCUUUGCCAUUCUAAAUAAGCAGCAGCAUGGAGCUCAUUAGUUACACAUGGAAGGCACUCAAAUCAAGCUAAUAUCUUAACACCCAGUAACCCUGUUUUCCUCAGAUACAAUUUCUGUUGUUACACUGUUCUUCCAUAUAUGCCUUAAACAGCUUCAUGCUUUCCCUGAAGUUUAAUAAACUAUGAAUAUGUACCCAUAGAUUAAGCCCCUGGUGUGAUGGUCUGUAAUCUGUCCAUGCAGUACAAAUGAGGCUCCUGCAGCUUGCCAAGCAGACAAAGCAUGGAUUUUGUAGAAGGCAGAGUUUAUACACUAUACAGUCUUCAGUGCAAUACAGGAUACAUUCUCUUCACUCACUGCACUGAAAGUUAGCUAAACAGAGAGGAUGGAAGCCUACAGCCUGUUUCAUAGCUGUAAACUGAUGACAUUUAGCAAGAAACUACAAAAGAUCUGUUUUAGCAUGAUAUGAGUGAUAUCGCUAAGAGUGAUAUGGCUAAACUUGCACACUGGCUUGCUUUCAAGGGCACUUUGCUAACUGUGAUGUUUCUGAUAAUAGACUAAGAAGUCUGGAAGGAUAUUAGCCCUCAUGUACACCUUGCAAGUACAUUUGUACAUCUGUUUGUAAAAAAAGAAGCGGUGUCCAUUCACUUUACAUUUGAAACUUGAGGUCAAUACCUGGAUAAAUGUGCAGUUUCAAUCACAUGUUCAGCUGUAUGUUGAAUUAAAUGAGAAUUAGUGCACAUAUAAAGAAAACCAAGUAUAUGUUGUAAACAGAUUAUAUGUGCAUUCAUUGUCACUUGUGAACAGGACUACUGUAGGGCUUAAUAAAUUCAGGUAAAGCCUUAAUGCAGCCAUUUUGUAUUGCAGAACUGAGCCUCUGCAGAAGCCAUGCAAAGGAAUGUGGAGGCUGAGUAUGGUGGUGUUGACUGAGUGGACUGGAAACCCCCCCCCCCCAAACCAGGCCAGACUACUAUCUGUUAAUAGUAUGGUCUACACAUCUCAUCAUAACCCCAGGGUUUUUACAUGCUUAACUCCUCUAAGCUGUAGUACAAAUCACACUUCAUGGAGGCAUUUCUGAUUUUGCCCUGCCCCCUUUAGCAGGAUAUUGCUUUUACUGUCUAAGAUGAAAAUUAGCCCAUAAUAGGCUCAUGUGGAAUAGUUCAAGAGGUGAUGCUAAAUGAGCCACACCAUAAAGGACAGCAGCAAUUUGACAACAUAUUGAAACAUACUAGGGCAACAACAAAAUAAUGCUGAGAGGAAGUAAAAUGAGUAGAGAACCUUCCUUACGUACAGAGGCUCCUGUCCCCAAAUGUAAAGGAACAUUCUAGCUAACAGAAUGAAAUAAUUUUAACUCUUCAACAAACUUAUUAGCAAGAAACAGACACCCUAAGGUUGCAAUUCUGUGGACAGUUAUUUGGAAGUUGCUUAAAGUGAAAUUCACAUCCUAGUAAAAAUACAAAGAAUUGAGCUGUUAGCCACUUUUAUAUGGGAUAUGUUGUUAAGAACCCAAUUUAGGCUCUCAGCUGUACCUAGCCUAAUCAUGUGCUAUAGCUAUGCAUUAUUUUCUUCUCCUAAACUGUUGCUGUACCAUCUGUUUGAAGAAGAUUGGCAAUAAGAAGUCUGUGUGUCACUUUUCAUCAGUGACUUUAGAGAAUGUAGGGGUGCAUUGCAGGAGUUUAAUAAAGAUUAGAAAAAUA